GGCGUCUUCCUUUGCCUUUGGAACCUUUCCCCGGUUGUAUCAUCGAGUGACAGUACGUAACCUUUAUAGUGGUUUCAUUGGGGACUUUCUCGGCCAGAAUGCGAGCUAUUUUUCUCGACCUCUUGUCAACACUCCUUCAAUAGUACGCCCCAGCUCGAUAUCAUCAGCCUUUCAUACUCCACUACGCCGUACCCUUCGAAGACAACAUAAACCAGAAGAGAGAGAAAGGGAGGGAGAGAGAGAAAAGGAGCAGAGCCACCUCAAAACGACAAAAUGUCAGUCUGGAACCCAGAUAACAUCCGUGACGUCGCAGAAUCCGUCGGCAUCGUCAACCUCAACGACGACGUAACGGAGAACCUCGCGCGCGACGUCGAAUACCGCAUUGCACAGGUGCUGGAAGAAGCGCUGAAAUUCAUGCGUCACAGCAAACGCACCGUGCUCACGACGCAGGACGUGUCGCUGGCUUUGCGUGUGCUUGAUGUCGAGCCGCUGUAUGGGUAUGAGUCGACGCGUCCGCUGCGGUUCGGAGAAGCUUCACUUGGUCCUGGACAACCUCUGUUUUAUGUGGAGGAUGAGGAAGUGGAUUUUGAGAAGUUGAUUAAUGCGCCCUUGCCUAAGGUUCCCAGGGAGAUUUCUUUUACUGCACACUGGCUAGCUGUCGAAGGUGUACAACCAUCCAUCCCUCAGAAUCCUACGGCGACCGACUCCCGCAAUCUGGAAUUGGUGUCCAAGGGUCCGAAUGCGAAUGCCACUUUGGCCGCUAUGAGUGGCACGGGCGAUGUGACUGUGAAACCGCUCGUCAAGCAUGUCGUGUCGAAGGAGCUUCAGCUGUACUUUGAGAAAGUGUGCAAUGCAUUUUUGGACGAGUCGAGCGAGGAUUACAGGACCUCCGCCUAUUCCAGUCUCAAGGAGGACCCGGGGCUUCACCAACUUGUACCGUAUUUUGUGCAGUUCAUUUCCGAGAAGGUCACGCAUAGUUUGAAGGAUAUAUUUGUGCUUACGCAGGUGAUGCAUAUGACGGAGGCUUUAAUUCAGAAUAAGUCCCUCUAUGUGGAUCCUUACGUCGCGUCCCUUGUUCCCCCCAUCCUCACAUGCCUAAUUGGUAGACAAUUAGGCGUCAAUGCCGACCUGUCGGAGCAAUUCGCCCUCCGGGAUCUCGCAGCGUCACUUAUCGGCCUGAUCGCCAAAAAAUACUCGCACUCUUCACAUGCCCUCAAACCCAGACUCGCUCGUUCAUGUCUCAAAAGCUUUCUAGACCCCACAAAACCGUUUGGCGCACAUUACGGUGCGAUGAUCGGACUCCAUGCUGUGGGUGGUACCGAAGCCGUACGGGUCCUGAUCCUUCCCAACCUCCAAACAUACUCCAAGUUGCUCCAGGAUGCCCUCACGGACGAUAACCUCCGACGACCCGAGGCAGAGAGAGUCCUAAUUGCACUCUUGGCUCUCUUGGGCACCCUCCGCGAGAAUUGUUUGCCAUUUGCUAAUGGACAUCCUCCUGUCUUCACAGACGACCUACGAGACAAACUAGGGAGUAAGGUUGGCGAGCUUCUUGCAGGGAGGAUCGCCAAUUCGGGUGAUGUCCAACUAGCUCACGCCAUUCUUAAUGCGUAGAAUAUUUCUUUUAUUUUAUCUGUAUUCUUCGGGUCGUUUCUAACAUGGCGGUAUAUGGUGUUUUUUUUUUUUUUUUUUUGGGCGCUUCAGGGGGGCUUUUGUCCCCCAUCUUUUCUUUUCAGGAGAUGGGCAUGGCGGAUAGGAUUCUGUAUUUAUCGGUGCAUUAAUAUGGAUACCCUCAGG